AUGGAAGACACAAAUGGGGAGAAGUCGGAGAAUUUCCGUCGGCCGGCCUUGCAGGUCAUUGUCCUGGGUGCCGGCGGCGGUCCCCAGGAAUCAAAUACUACCGCUCUUCUAGUUCGCUCAGUCGCCUCGGGGUGGACAAAAGGCUCCAUCAUCGCCGUAGAUGCCGGUGUUCAUCUUUCGGCUAUUACUCGCAUUCUUGAAGAAACGGCACCUCCAGGCCUCGGCACCCAGCUUCCGCUCCCCCACACCCUUGCCUCCGGGCCAUUUGCAGGCCUGCAGCUUACACCAAACAGUCAGCUGGAGGUCGCAACAGGCGCAGUGUAUCCAUCGUCCAUCGCCUCAUUCAUCACUCGUACUCUUAUCGAUACGUAUGUGAUUACUCAUCCUCACCUCGAUCACAUCUCCGGCUUCGUCGUGAACACGGCAGGUCUUACCAGGCCCAAGCGCCUUGCCGCAUUGCCCUCAACGGUUAACGCUCUCAAAACUCACAUCUUCAACAAUGUUAUUUGGCCCAACUUGUCCGACGAAAGUAACGGUGCAGGCUUAGUCACGUAUACCCGGCUAGUAGAAGGAGGGUCGCCAGCCAUUGGCGAUGGCGAGUCUAAAGGAUAUCUAGAGGUUGCGGAUCGCCUCGCUAUCAAGGCGUAUUCUGUUUCACACGGUCACUGCAUUGAGCGACACCCACAUCGCGGCUCGACCUCCUCCACUGCAACACCUCUACGAUAUCCUUCUGUCGAUGCCGCAUCCAUGGCGUCACCGCGCAUACUGCCAUACGGCCUGGCCUCGAGCACCGCGCAUAUCCCUCGAGCAGCAUCGGUUGCGCCGGAGCCGCAGGCCAGUGUAUGCGUUUACGACUCCUCGGCUUACUUUAUCCUCGAUAUGGCUACUAACCUAGAGAUACUCAUCUUUGGAGACGUCGAGCCGGAUUCUAUGUCACUCUCCCCUCGAAACUUGACUAUUUGGGAAGAAGCUGCUCCAAAGAUUGUAGCUGGCCAACUUGCUGCCAUUUUCAUCGAAUGUUCAUACGACGACUCGCACUCUGAUGAUCGCUUAUUUGGUCAUCUAAAACCCCGCUAUGUGAUGGAAGAGAUGCACGCAUUGGCUCAGACUGUUGAGGAGGCGCGAGGAGAUGCCCAUGCCUCCCGGAAGCGGAAGCGUGUAGCAGAACCCGACACGAUCCCACGACGAAGGACAGGAGGCGCCUUUUCGCGCCUUGCCGGCGGCGAUGAGUCCCCAAUCAGCCCCAAAUCAGUGGCCAAGCGUGCUGUGUCUGCAGACAUUGGCCACGUACCGCCACUGCCGCCCGCUGCUACAUCGGUAGAGAGCCCACAUCUGACGACUCCUACACAGGAAUUGUCUUUGCGCGAGGCUGAAGGAUGGAGCGAGACGGAGGAUGGGCACUCCAAGGGCCCACCUCUCAAGGGUAUCAAAGUUGUCAUUAUCCACGUCAAGGACCGCCCAGAUGGAAGGGACCAAGGAAAACUUAUUCUGCAGGAACUCGAGGCCUACGAAGCCGACGCCCAGCUGGGCUGCGAGUUUAUCGUCUCCCACGCGGGGCAGAGUCUCUACCUUUGA